AUGGAUCAUUCGACCGAUCAGACUGAGAGUAGUACUCCAUUAGCAUCGGCCAAUGCCGUUGAUCAGGAAGCUGCAACUGACAACACAGUUUUAAUCAGGGGCAUGGAUCUUGAUGCUUUCAACGCUGCAAAAAAAGGCAAAACUGAUGUCCUUAGGGGAUACCAUCUUGACCAAAUAUUGACUCCAACCAAGAACACAGUCCUCCAUAUUUAUGUAGCUUUUGCAAGCAGCCCAAAUUACGUCGAACCAGAAGAAGAAGAGCUGAAGCCACCCAGCGUUGUGGAUAAAAUCCUUCAAAUGUGUCCAGCACUGCUAUCGCAGGAGAACGAGAUUGGCGAGACUGCCUUACACAUUGCGGCCAGACAUGGGCGGGCUGAUAUAGUUGAACGUCUUAUCGAAACUGCAAAAGCUGGUCGUCGUGAAGACCUUGAGAAUGGGCCCUCAUCAUCAGUAGAAGCCUGGCAGACGCUCAUAAGGGAAACCAAUAAGGAGAAGGACACAGCCUUGCACUUUGCAGUGCGAUUUAAUCACUUUCGUGUGGUGGAGAUACUGACCAGAGAAGACCCUGAAUUUUCCUACUCUGCUAAUGAUGCUGGGGAGACUCCACUUUAUUUGGCUGCCGAGAGGAAAUAUGGUGUUUUGUUCUCUCAAAUACUUAGCACUUGCAAGGAUCCAAAUUACCAAGGCCCCAAUGGAAGAACGGCUUUGCAUGCUGCAGUGAUUUACGGUGAUAAAAAAAUGACUGAAAAAAUACUAGAGAAGAAAAAGGAUUUGGCGAUAGCAGCAGAUGAACAAGGGUGGACCCCACUUCAUUGCGCUGCACUCUCUGGUUGUACUUCAAUUGUAAAACAACUACUGCAAGCUCAUAGAUCCUCUGCCUACAUUGUUGACAAAGCUGAUAAGAAGACCGCUCUUCACAUCGCAGCCUCUAGAGGCCAUGUAGGCGUAAUGAAAGAACUUAUUUCUCAUUGUCCUGAUUGUUGUGAACUGGUCGACCAAAGACGUCGAAAUGCUCGUCAUUAUGCUUUGGAGAAACAUCAAUCACGAAUCACGACGUUUGUUCUAAAGGAUCCAUGGCUUAGCAACAUCCUCCUAAAUGCCAAGGACGUUGACGGCAACACACCCCUCCAUCUACUUGAUGUUUCUCUCGGGACUCGUUUCAUUGGUGAUGCUAGAGUUGAUAAGAUGGCAUUCAAUAAGGAAAACAUGAACGCUCUUGAUGUCAUUAUAGCUGAUGAUUCAAGAAAUGAGGUAUGA